AUGGCCCUCAAAAUCAUUAUCUCCACCACAACCCUCCUCCUCUCCUCCCUCGCCGCCGCAACCCCAGUCCCUUCCUCGCUCGAAGAACGCCAAUUCACCUACGACUCCUACCCCAUCCCCCAAAACAACUUCACCUGCAAACCCUCCCCCACGCACCCCAACCCCGUCGUCCUCUUCCACGGCCUCGGAGCCACCUCCUACGAAGACCUCAAUUUCCUGCAACAAAACCUCACCGAUGCCGGCUUCUGCACCUUCUCCAUCACCUACGGCGCCUACCCGGGCUUCCCCUACGUCGGAGGCCUCCAGCACAUCAGCGACUCCGCCGCCCAACUCGCCACGUUCGUAAAGCAGGUCCAUUCUGCAUAUCCGACUUCCCAGGUGGAUUUCGUGGGACACUCCGAGGGAGCCUUCCAGACGCUCUAUUUCCCGAAAUUCGAAGCGGGCAUCAAGGAGAUCGUGGGCAACAUCAUCGCCAUCGCCCCGCCGACGCACGGCACCAAUUUCGCGAAUCUGUAUACCCUCUCGUAUAUCGGCGGGAAUCUGACCAAUAGCCUGGUGAACACGAUCCUCGACGAUUUCGGCUGCGAUGCGUGUUCCGAUCUCGUAACCAACGGUCCUGCCGUCAAAGCACUCACGGACGGCCCUAUCGCGCAGACCGGGCCGAACUACACGAUUCUGAUCUCACGAUACGAUGAAUUGGUGACACCGCCCACCACGGCCUUCGUGAACGAAACGGGCGUGAGGAAUCUGUACGUGCAGGAUUUCUGCCCGAUGGAUCCGGUGGGUCAUCUGGGGGAGGCGUAUGAUUAUAACGUCUGGGCGGUUGUGAGGAAUUCGUUGAGUGGCAGUGCGGCGGGGCCGGCGGAGUGUACGUAUGGGUCGCCGGGAAAGUGA